UGUUACUGCUUCAUUAUGAUAGAUGAUAAUGAUAAGAAAGCGAAAAUACGACAAAGAAAAUAAUUGUUUUAAGUGUUGUGGUUGAGAUCUCAUGGUUAUCAGUAGAAUAGAUUUUCAAUAGCAUAGUUUAAGUCAUAAGAAUCAACUUCAGUCUUCCAACGUGCUGUUGCAAUUCAAAUACAAUCAUCUCGUCUCGCCUGAACGCUUAUUUAUUUGCUGUUGGUCGCAAUCUAAAACUAUCGGUCACAUUUUAUUCAUUCCAGAAUUGAGUGUUAAGAGACGGGUGUGCUUAAAAAUGAGCAGUGAUUUUAAUUUUGAUGCAACAACGUCAAAUAGACGCGUUUUAGCGAUUCAAAGCCAUGUCGUGCAUGGAUAUGUGGGCAACAAAAGUGCAACAUUUCCACUUCAGGUUUUGGGUUUCGAUGUGGAUGCAAUUAAUUCAGUGAAUUAUUCAAACCACACUGGCUACAAACAUGUCAAGGGACAAGUAUUAAGCGAUAAGGAAUUGAAUCAUGUUUUUAGCGGAUUGGAGCAAAACGGUUUACUCAGUACUUAUUCACAUUUACUAACUGGUUAUAUUGGGAACGAUUCCUUUUUAACCGAAAUUAAGGACAUCGUUAAAGCCAUGCGUCAAGCAAAUCCAACAUUUGUAUAUGUAUGUGAUCCAGUUUUGGGUGAUAAUGGACAUUUGUACGUACCAGAGAGUUUAAUUCCAAUCUAUCAAAACGAUAUAUUGCCAUUAUGCGAUGUAUGCACGCCAAAUCAAUUUGAAGCCGAAUUACUAUCUGGAAUCCAAAUAAAUUCGAAGGAAGAUGCAUGGAAAGCAACCGAUUGGUUUCAUGCAAAAGGUGUUCGAACUGUUGUUUUAUCAUCAACUAACUUUGCGUCAAAUGAUGUACUAAUCGGAUUUUUGAGCCAUAAAAAUGGCGAGAAAAGGUCAAGGCACACCAUAUCAAUUCCAACCCUUGGCAAUUCCAAUCUGGUAUUUACGGGUGUUGGUGAUUUAUUUGCAGCAUUAUUUUUGGCCCAUUCCACCACAAAAUCGAGUCUUUCUGAAGCACUUGAACAUACGAUAGCCUCUGUACAGGCUGUAUUGAGGAACACAGUAAAAGCAAUAUCACAAUCAGUUGAUUUGAGCAAAGAAAAACCAACGGCACAACAACGAGAAUUGAAAUUGAUCCAAAGUAAAUCGGACAUCGAAAAUCCAACAGUAUUGAUUCGAGCCAAUGAGUGGCUUGAGGAGUGAGAUAAAAAUGAACUUUGACCAAUAUCAGCAGCCAUAAAUGAAUUUGUACAGUAACAAGAUGCUUGACAAUAAAUACGUGUGUGCAGUACACUUUACUGUUUGUACUCUAGUACAGUUUUUGCUGUUCGUAACGAUGUUUAAGACAGAGUGACAAUAAGAAGAGUCAAGCAGCCAUAUCGUCUUUUCUCAAUGUGCUUUAUUUAUAUCAUUUGUUCAAUAUUUAAUUUAAAAAAACAGAUUAUAUGUUUAUUUCGAAUUGCGAAUAAAAAGAAAAGAGUCUAUUAUUUAAAUCUUGACGACUAAAA